CAGUGAAAACCAUUCAAUUCAAACCACUCGUAUACAACCAUGGCAACCGUCUUCAACAGUUGCUGUUUCCUCCACAUUGCGGCGCACAAACCUCUACUGUCUCUCUCCUCCUCCUCUUCCUCUUCCUCUCCCGUCUUCCCAAACUCUCUUACUCACUUCUCUCUCAACAAGUCAUCGUUAAAAUCCGUCAAAUCUUUCUCAAUUUCAGCAGUUUCUACACCAAUUGCUGAAACAUCUCAAUCCACUUCGUCAUCCAAUUCAAACCCAUCCAAAACCCUUCCCUUUCGAGUGGGUCACGGGUUCGAUCUCCAUCGUUUGGAGCCGGGUUAUCCUUUGAUCAUUGGCGGUAUCAAUAUUCCUCAUGACAGAGGCUGCGAGGCUCACUCUGAUGGGGAUGUGCUGCUUCAUUGCGUGGUGGAUGCAAUAUUGGGGGCAUUAGGGCUUCCGGAUAUCGGGCAGCUUUUCCCUGACAAUGAUCCUAAGUGGAAGGGUGCUGCUUCUUCCAUUUUUAUUAAAGAAGCUGUGAGACUUAUGCAUGAGGCAGGAUAUGAGCUUGGAAAUUUAGACGCCACCUUAAUUCUCCAAAGACCUAAAGUUAGCCCACACAAAGAGGCAAUCAAGGACAAUUUGUCUGCUCUGCUCGGGGUUGAUCCAUCUGUCGUGAAUCUGAAAGCAAAAACCCAUGAAAAGGUCGAUAGUCUUGGAGAAAAUAGAAGUAUCGCAGCUCAUACAGUGGUUCUACUGAUGAAGAUGUAAAGGACCCGAUAUAGAAGAUCAAUGUCACUGUAUUAGUCUCAUGUAGUUACCCCAUUAGCUUGAAAUUCUUGCCAUAUUAUACUAAUCAGGGUGACCACCAGUUUAAAGAUUCACGGUGGUUAAAUACUUGGAUCUCGUGUGCUGCCCUUUUCGUUGGACUUAAUGAUAAUGCUUGCAAAAGUAUCGGGUAAUGGGUAUAGCUUUUGUUAUUUUGGCCGAAAGUUAGCAAAAGCUUCAUGUAUCAAUGUAAUACUUACAAUUUACAACUAACAGUGUAUAGCAUUUUCACAGUUCUAUGGUAAAUUUGUUACUAAA